AUGGCAGAAGAUCUGGGGAGGAGGCUGCUGAUGGAGAUUGAGCAGGUGCGGUUUGACGAGAUAUCCCAGGUACUCCAUCUGGGCCGCAAGGGCGAGAAGUCUUACUUUGGACUUCCACAACUCGACCGCGUGCUCACAAUCGUGGAGCAAACCAAGCGAAAUGCUAACACGACUAUGAUCGCCCAACCGAUCAUCGAACUCACUUCCACUGCACCAGGAGGUGGUAAGACGCACCUACUGUACUACCUCACCGCUAUCGCUGCACUGCCUUCUAAUCUCGGAGGCCUUGACAGCUGCGCCGUCAUCUUCGACACCGAUAACGCCUUCUGCGUCCCACGACUAGCCCAACAGAUCGAGCUCCUUGCCCGCAACAAGAUCCCAGACAUCAGCUCCGAAAACCUCGAUGCACUUCUUCUGGAAGCACUAAAGCACGUCCACAUCUUCUACCCUCAAUCCCUCGCCUCCCUCACCGACACCCUGACGGCUCUGCCAGACUAUCUCCUCGACAAAAGCAGGCACUACUCUUUCAGCCGGCGCGUGGCCUUCCUAGCCUUGGACUCAGCAUCCGCAUUCCACUGGCCCGCCAGAGCAGCUGAGGAGACUGCUGCCCUCCUUGCCAAGACAAAUGCCACCACCACAAGCAGCGAACUAUCGGAGCCAGGCUAUACCCAACUUACAGCCGCACUGAGGACCGCGACAUCAACGCUGCAAACCCCAGCGCUCCUCACCUCCUGGCAUCUUGGGCCUCAGCCUCCCCCGACCAACUCCCACAACACCUCUGAAUCGCCCUCCUUCCGACCAAGCCUUCAAGCUCCACUAUCUCAGCUUCCCACUCUCCGCUUCCUGGUCCGGAGGCUAGCAGUGCGCACGUUUCCAGCUGGGAUCAGUAUAGAGGAAGCUCUGCGCGAAGCUCCCGAUCGGCGGAAAGCGGUGGAAGACGGGAGAUUCGAGUGUGGGAUCAACGCGUGGGGAAUUGAAGAGCGGCUGCUCGCUAAGCUGAAGAAGGACGAUGGGGGUUUCGGCUUUCGGGUCUUACGUGAGGGGCUGGUAAUGGACUAG